AUGUUUCACAAAUACAAUUCAUUUACGAAUACACUUUCUCCGUCCGAUCAAAUUUCGGCUUUUGUACCACAAAGUUUCGGUACUAAAGAGGCAACAAAUAACUUUUUCCUUGCUCCACAACCCAAAGGUCGUCAACCAGGUGGAUCCGGUCCUGAUUCCAAAGGAAGCUUAGCUGGUCGCCAGAUGUCAUUAUUUCGCUUUUUUUCAAAAAACACUGGUGCCAGUGGCUCAGCUAUAGCUGCUACAGCUCAAUCGGUAGCUGCUACAGCUCAGUCCGUAGCUUCAACAGCAACACAAGCUGUAGCCAAUGCAAGUCAUGCAGCCACUCAAGCAGUUGCUUCAACCGCAUCACAAGCUGUAGCUAGUGCAACUCAUGCAGCCACACAAGCAGUUCAGCAACAUGGCACUAGUCAUGCUGCUAAAAGUCAUGGUCAUGGUCAUGAUUCUCAUGCUGCUCCAUGGGAAGGUGUCAAUCUUUGGCGUACACCAUACAAAGGUGAUACUGAUACAGUUACACAAGUUAAACGUAACAAAGGAACACUUGAUCGUUUUGUUGAAACUCGUACUCGUCGUAUUCAAGAAUUACAACUUUUUGCAUUACGUAAUAAAACUAGACCUACUUGGGUGAUGAUGCCAAGAGAUAAAAUAAUUUUUGCUGCCCAAGGUCUUAUAGCUGCUUAUGUUAUUUUUCAAGUAACAACAAAAGUAUAUCAACAUUUGAAAGCUAAAGAUCGUCUUAAACUUAUAAAACUACUUUACAAAGACAAUGUCGAUUAA